AUGCGUGGUGCAGACAUUCUCGUCGCACUGCAAAUGCUGCUGCUGCUUCUUCUUGCAGCUACUGAAGUGGCCAGUCAGUCCAUCCUGUUGCAGAUCGACAACACUGAGGUUGUCCAGCCAGACUUUGUGUCAACAGAAGCGACCAUCCAGGUACGGCCCACGAGCAACACGGAGAGCUUUCUCGUGCUAUCUGGCAUGCGCUCGUUCACUGUUCCGGAAGCAUUUGACAGCUCCACUGUCAGCGCAGUCGUGAAGAAGACCCAGGUGGUGACUCUAAGCAUCGCCAGCCCACCACAGGGUUACACAACAAACUCCGUCAACCUCACCGUGCACGCAGGCCCCAUCGACUCCAUCGAGGUCUCGUACAACACGACGACUGCCGCUGCAGGGGAGACAAUUGGCGUGAGCCUGGCUGCAUACGACCAGUACAGCAACCUACUUGACAGCGGUCCAAACGUUUAUGACGACACCAUCACCGUCGCUGUUCAGGGCACCGCCACAGCACCAGCCUCCUUUGAGGUUGCAAACGGCGUCGGAUCCACCGUCAUCACGAGCACGGUUGCAGGCGUCUCGAUUGUCACGUUGUCCGGGUUUCCUCAAGUCGUCGUCAUUGGCCGGUCCGAGGACAUCCAGUAUGUUGCUGGACCCACAGCCCGCUUCACCCUCACCACAGAUGCAGAGUCGUACAGUCAGGGAGACACCGCCACCGUGACGGUCACUGCAGAGGACGACUAUGGCAACACUGUCACAUCAGAGUCGCGAGCUCUGGCCAUCGUCACAACCGCAGGCAACUCUGUGACCGUGUCCAACAGCGGCAUCCUCUCGUUUUCCAGCGGUGAAGCUGAUGUGACCAUCACCAGCGCAAGCGCCCAGGUCGUGGAAGUGGCCUUGGAUGCAAACGGAGAAGAUGUGACUGGCGUGGACAUCUCAGACACCAGCACCCUGCUCUUCGCCGUUGUGUGCGACGGCGUCACAGAGUACCAGGACGAGCCUAACCAGCUGACGUGCAAGACUGUGCGCAGCGACUGUGGUGUUGGGACAUUUGAAUCUGCUGCUCCAACGCCAACCUCAAACCGGGAAUGCAGCGCUUGUGACGGUGUCACUGAAUACCAAGAUGAGGCGAAUCAAACCUCAUGCAAGACAGUCGCUGGCACGUGCACCGCUGGCGAAUAUGAGGCGCAGAGUCCGGACGCGUCGACAAAUCGCAUGUGUACGGCCUGUGAUGGCGUCACCGAAUACCAGGAUGAGGCGGAUCAGAGUGAAUGCAAGACCGUGCGAGUGUGCAAUGUUGGCGCACAAGUGAGCGUCGAUCCAACCCCAAGCUCAAACCGACAGUGCGAGCUCUGUCCAUCCGGCUUCGUUGAUGAGGACUUCAAUGGCCUUACACCGUGCUCGCCCUGCUCUGCGUCUGUGGUGAUGAUGGCGACAUUCGACAGCGAUGAUGCCAUGGGCACAGUGACGUUCAAUGCAAACGCUGCCACCACCGAGACCAACAUCACUGCGCAGGUGACCCUUGCCACUGCAGCAACCUCGCUCAAGGUGCUUACCUCUCCGCCUGUACGAGGCACAUGCGCGUCCGCCCUUUUCAACCCAACCAGCUCUGACGGAUCUGGCUGCUCAUCAUCAUCGCCAUCGUCGUGCAUCGCUGGAGACAUCAGCGGUCGCUUGACUGUCGAUCUUUCAGCACAGGGGACAAUGGUUGCAUUUGAAGAAACCACGACUGCGCUCGCAUUUAUCGGAGCGACAAGUCUUCAAGGCCGCGCCCUUGUGUUUGAGGAUGGGGGCGGAAAUGUGAUUGCGUGCGCGCGCAUCGACACAGUGUCAGGACUUUCGUUCCAGUCAAACGCAGGACAAACCAUGUGUACAGAAGUCACGCCGUGUUCGGUUGGCCAGGAAGAGCUGGUUGCUCCUACCACGUCAAGCGACCGCCAAUGCAGUGCCUGUGACGGGGCAGCCUUCUUUCAGGCGGAGGAAGAUCAGCGCUUCUGCAUCGAUGUGCGUGAAUGUCCACUUGGAGAAGAAGAGGCUGUGGCACCAACUGCAUCAAGCGACAGGGAGUGCCAGACUGUGACGUGUCCUGGCCUGUCUGCGCCUCUGUAUGGCUCAAUCACCACAUGCAGCGGUGAUCAAGACUACGGCACCUUCUGCAACGCCACAUGCAACACAGGAGACGGCUUUGAACUCACAGGCACGGCAAAUCGGCGAUGCACCGAGUUUGGCACGUUCAGCGGAACAAAGGCGGAAUGCGUGUGUAGCGGUGACCUCUUCCUCGAUCCUGUUGCGGAGGAGUGUGUUGCCAAGUGUCCGACUGAAACAUACACUGACUCCGACGGCGUGUGCACGGCCUGUCGUGCAGUGUGCGAAGAUGGUGUCAACUACGAGACCGUUCCAUGCUCGCAGGUGAACAACACGAAUCGCGUCUGUGCAACGUGUCGGACUUGCCCUACCGGCGAAUUCAAGACGGGCGGCUGCGCUGCUGGGGAGGACACCAUCUGUUCCACAUUCAGCGAAUGUGCGUCUGGCGAAUUCGAGAGCUUUCCUGGGAACGCAACCACAAACCGACGAUGCGACAUGUGCACACCAUGCCCGCUCACCGAGUUUGCCGAAACAGGGUGCUGCAGUGAUAUCGACACGCAGUGCCGGGCGCUGACUGUUUGCGUCGAGGGGGAAUUUGAGGCGCGAGCACCAUGGGACGCACCACAGGGUGGGUACGCCACGGAUCGCGUGUGCCAGCGCUAUCGCACGUGCGCAGAGGGCGAAUAUGAAGUGUUUGCUGGCAACACCACACACGAUCGAGUGUGCUCUCCCUGCACCGUGUGCUCUGACGGGAUGUAUGCAGCCCAGGCGUGCACGAACACUUCAGAUGCUGUCUGCAUGCCCCACACCAACUGCACGGCGGGACAAUCAUAUGUGUUCACGCCGCCAUCUUCCUACAACGACACUGUUUGCGCACAAUGCACCGAGUGCUCCCCGCACGAGUAUCAAGCAGGUGGCUGCGACGGGACCGUGGACACGCUGUGUGCCCUGAAGACCGUGUGCGAUCCGCUUACGGAGUACGAGUCAUUUCCUGGAAACGAAACAGCAGACAGAGAGUGUUCGACAUGUUCCACGUGUCCCAGCGGUCAAAUUGCCACCAGCGCAUGCACCAGCACCAUGGACACUGUCUGCGAGGAAGACAAUGGUGGCAUGGCUGCGUGCCCUCGCGGGCAGGUGUUGAUUGGCACGCCACCAAACGCGGUGUGCGUCGAAUGCAGUGACUGUCCAAAUGGCACGUGGGCUGAAGGUGGCCCGAGCUGUCCAAGCGGCUUCCUCAGUCCCGUGUGCACGGCGGUGACCACGUGUGAGGACGGGCAGUACAUUUCGCAGCAGCCGACCCCGACAUCAGAUCGCAUCUGCAGCACGUGCUCUGCCUGUUCCAAUGGUUUCUUCAGGAGCGGCGGAUGCAACGGCACAGAGGACUCGCAGUGUUCUGCUGCCCACACCUGCGCACAGGACGAGUUUGAGAUCACACCGCCAGGGCCACAGAGUGACCGCGUGUGUAGUCCUUGCCGUCAGUGCGAAGAGGGCGAGUUUGAAAUCCAAGCAUGCACAGCUUCCAGCGACACCAUCUGCCGCACGUUCCAGGAGUGCAGCACGCUCGAACGCGUGAUCGCAGAGGGCACAACAGGGUCUGAUCGUGUGUGUCACAUGUGCGCUGGCCGCCGCGCUGGUGUUGUGGAGGAUCGAACCCAGUGUCCACCCUUUGCUCUGAGCCUCUGUGAACCAACAACGACGACAACAACGACGACGCUGCUGACCACUACGUCUGCACCAUCGACAACACCAAUGAGCACCGCAGCCACGACAAGUGCUGCAGCCACACCGCCGCCAACAACCACGACCACAACCACGACCACAACCACAACUCGCGCUGCCUGGACAUACGUCGAAUUCUCCAUAGAGGGCGAUCUCGAUGCCAUUGAGGACUUAGAGACGUUCUUGCUGCAGCUGCGCAUUUCGCUGGCAGAGGCUAUGAACACCACCAUCUCUGCCAUCCAGAACCUUCAGGUCCGCCGAGGCAGCAUCGUUGUUGGCUUCCGUGUUGUAGAUGACACGAUGCAGCUGCACGAAGCGUCAUCCCAAACCAUCGUCGAUCUCGCCAACCAAGGCGCCUUUGCCUUCUCGUUCCAGGGACAGUCCUACCAGAGCAUCCAGAGCUCGGCGUCCAGCACGCCCAAUGGCGGCCCACAGGAGUCGUCGUCAAGUGUCCCUGUUGGCGCGGUGGCUGGUGGUGUUGUUGGUGGUGUGGUUCUCAUUCUCGUUGUGUUGUUUGCUGUUCUUGUUCAUCGUCGUCGCCAACACUCGCGCGACGACGUGGAGAAGUCGCCACUAAAGGACAGGCAGCGAUCGUCAUUGACUCGCGGGUCAUCGCGCUCUGCUCGAAAGCAGUCGCUUCCUGGCGGUGACGACGACUAUCUCGCCGUCGACCCCAAUGAAGAGCCCCCAGCCACGGAGACGGCGACUGCCCUCACGUCACUUGAUGAGAAUCCUCUCAUGGACACAAAGGACUUUGCACUCGAGACUGUGCCGGAGGCGACGGAACCCGUAGUGGCUGAGGAAGGCACCGUGUACAGCAGCCAGCUGUCGCAAGAGAACCAGAAGCUGCGGGAUGAAUUGCAGCGCAUGCAAGAGAUGCUGGUGCAAAAGGAGGCUGCAACUGCCACCACAAGGUUUGGCAGUGGCGAAGAGGAGGUGGAAUCUGCGCUGACGCAGCGACUGCGAGACCAAAACAAGCAGCUCAAGCGCGAGAUUGCGGAGAUGAAGGCGUCGAUGCAGCGCACAAAGCAGCAGAGCAGACUGCAACAAGAGGCGCUGGUGAACGUUCGCUUGAAGAUGGAAAAGGCCUCCCUUGCAGAGGAGCUCGCCGCCAUCGAACAAGUCACCCAGGUGCGGAACCAGACGUCUGCGCAACUGCGGGAGAAGCGCGCCGAGCAGCAGCGGAAACUGGAAGAGGAGGAGAAGCGGAAGGAGCGUGAGCGCAUUCAACGCGAGAUUGAGGAAAUGAAGAGCCGCUUAGCACAGCUUGGCGGCGACCAAGCAGGAGCACCCCCGUCCUAAACACACACCGCUUUCGUCCUUGUUCCUUCGCGCAUUGCGAACAGCAAUGCCUCUUAUCACCCCCGUGUCCUUGCCUGCAGACCGCGUGUUGCGUUAUGCAGUUUCACUGCAUUUGCCAGUUCAUUUUUUUUCUCUGUGUUUGUCCAUAGCAUGUUGUUGUAUCCUUCCCUUUGAUGCGCUGUGUGCGCGCAUGUAUUGUUGCGUUUGUUGAUUGUGCCGUCUGUGGAUUAUGCUGUGUGUGCGUGUGUUUGUACCCAUGUUUGGUCCCCCAAUUUGUUUUCUCAACGCGCAUCCCCGUGCGCAAUUGUUCGUUUGUUUCAUAGCACUGUGUUGUACCCCGCUUGUUACCGCCUCUCUUGUUUGCAUGCAUGCACCCUUCACCACGGUGUCCUGUUGCAUGGCCGUUGCUCCUACCACACGACUUCUGACCGCGCCACAUGUCUCCCUUUCUCCCUUCGCCGUGCCGUUCUGUUACCCUGCCAUGUGCUCACACGUCCACUUUACUACUACACCAAGCUGCUGACA